GGCAGCGUCGGGAAAGAGGAGGAGGAGGAGGAGGAGGAGGGCGAGUACGAUGCGGUGUGUGACGCAUGCGUGCUCAGGAAGGGGGUUCUGCGUUUUCUGUAGGUCACCUGUGUACGAUGUCUAAGGAGAAAAUAGAGAUUCCAGGCCCACCCACAUCAAAAUGCAUUCUGUAUUGGAAAAGGAAGGUCAAGUCAGAAUACAUGCGUCUUCGGCAACUUAAAAGACUUCAGGCAAACAUAGGAGCUAAGGGAUUCUACAGGAGAAAUAUGCAGCAACAUCUUCCAUCUGUUUCUGAGGGAGAGGGGGAAAACUUUAUUUGGGGACACCUGGAAUUCCCCUCAACCCUUAUGUUUCACCAGAGUAGUGGGCAGUGGUGUUUCCAGCACAAAGAUGAGGCAAAUCCCUCUGGCCUAACAGAGAAUUUAUUUGUGUCUAACUUCACAAAGAUUCAGGAAAAGAUAAACAUCCUAAACGAUGACUGGAAGAAGCUUAGAGUUCAGCCUAUUCAGUCUAUGAAGCUGGUUGGAGGAAACCCUUUUCUGAAACAGUGCACAGUUGAGAGCAUCUUCCCCACUUUGAGCACCCAGACUCUGUUCAUGCGGACUCUAAACACUGUAGCCCUGGUGCCUAUCAUGUAUUCCUGGUCUCCACUCCAGCAGAACUUCAUGGUGGAGGAUGAAACUGUUUUGUGCAAUAUUCCUUACAUGGGAGAUGAAGUAAAAGAAGAGGACGAAACCUUCAUUGAGGAGCUCAUUAAUAACUACGACGGCAAAGUCCACGGAGAAGAAGAGUUACUCCCAGGUUCUGUUCUGAUCAGUGAUGCUGUUUUUCUGGAGUUGGUAGAUGCAUUAAACCAAUAUUCUGAGGAAGAAGACGAAGGACACGAUAUUGUAGAAGGCAAACAAGAACCUUUGAAAGAAGACCUGCCUGUCACACGGAAGAGGAAGCGGCUUACACUAGAAAGUAACAAGAAAAGUUCAAAGAAGCAAUUUCCAAAUGACAUGAUCUUUACAGCUCUUUCAUCAAUGUUUCCUGAGAACGGCUAUCCAGAAGACAUGAAAGAAAGAUACAGGGAGCUGACAGAAGAAGAAUCCGACAUGAAUGUGCUCCCACCCCAGUGCACACCAAAUAUUGAUGGGCCGAAUGCCAAAUCUGUUCAGCGUGAGCAGGCUCUGCAUUCCUUUCACACACUUUUUUGCAGGCGCUGUUUCAAGUAUGACUGUUUCCUCCAUCCUUUUCAUGCAACUCCAAAUGUUUAUAAGCGGAAAACUGUGGAGACCAAAAUUGAGACCGAACCUUGUGGAUCAGACUGCUUUUUGUGGUUGGAGGGAGCCAAAGAGUUUGCCAUGAUGCAUAACCCUCGGUCAAAAUAUGCUGGACGGCGUCGGCGCAGGAACCCCAAUCCCAGUGCCACUGCCUCCACCAGUGCUGCAGCUUCUACAAGUGCCGAAGCAAGAGAAGGCGAUAGUGAUAGAGAUACAGGCAACGACUGGGCAUCCAGUUCCUCAGAGGCAAACUCACGUUGCCAAACUCCAACCAAGCCGAAGAUGAGUCCAUCCUCUUCUCAGCCCUUCAUGUCUGAUGUGCCUCUGGAGCCUGUGGAGUGGACAGGGGCAGAGGAGACUCUCUUCCGUGUUUUCCAUGGAACUUACUUCAAUAACUUCUGCUCCAUUGCUCGACUUCUGGGAACCAAGACAUGCAAGCAGGUCUUUCAGUUUGCUGUAAAGGAAUCCUUGAUUACAAAGCUACCAGUUAAUGAGCUCCUGAAUCCCUCCCAGAAGAAAAAGAGGAAGCACAGGCUCUGGGCUGCUCACUGCAGGAAGAUCCAGCUUAAGAAAGACAAUUCAUCUACUCAAGUGUUCAACUACCAGCCCUGUGACCAUCCAGACCAUCCUUGUGACAGCUCCUGUCCUUGCAUUAUGACACAGAAUUUCUGUGAGAAAUUCUGCCAGUGCAAUCCUGAUUGCCAGAACCGUUUCCCUGGCUGCCGAUGCAAGACUCAGUGCAACACCAAGCAAUGCCCCUGCUAUCUGGCUGUGCGGGAAUGUGAUCCGGACCUCUGCCUGACCUGUGGGGCAUCUGAGCACUGGGACUCCCAGGUGGUUUCCUGCAAGAACUGCAGCAUCCAGAGGGGUCUGAAGAAGCACUUGCUGCUGGCCCCAUCAGAAGUUGCUGGAUGGGGAACUUUCAUUAAGGAGUCUGUGCAGAAGAAUGAAUUUAUCUCUGAAUACUGUGGAGAGCUUAUCUCUCAAGAUGAGGCUGACCGUCGUGGCAAGGUCUAUGACAAGUAUAUGUCCAGCUUCCUCUUCAAUCUCAAUAAUGAUUUUGUUGUUGACGCCACACGCAAAGGCAACAAAAUCCGCUUUGCAAACCACUCCGUCAAUCCUAACUGUUAUGCCAAAGUUGUGAUGGUGAAUGGAGAUCACCGCAUUGGGAUCUUUGCCAAGAGAGCAAUCCAGGCAGGGGAAGAGCUCUUUUUUGAUUACAGGUAUAGCCAAGCAGAUGCUCUCAAGUACGUCGGCAUUGAAAGAGAAACCGAUGACAACUGAUUGAAAUUACUGGCCCUCGGGGCUCCGAGCCAGUAUCACCACAACCUAGUUAUGCUGCUUUCUUUGUUGCUAUAUAUGUUAGAAAGGCUUCAUUUCACCUGGAUUCCUCUUUAGAGAAAAGAGAAGUCCAGCUUUUUCAAUGGACUUGAGAUGCUGAUUCCAAGGUCACUUGACUGGUAGCUGAAGAGUUCUGCUGAAUUACUAUUAGGAGGAAGAUGAGGAAGUGAUGAAAAGGCAAAGUGGUUUAAGACCAUUUUGUAUACUGAACCUUGCUAAUCAAUUUGAUUCAUUGGUUUAAGAAAUUAUAUGAGCUGAAGAAAGAGCAGAGAUUAUCUCAACACAAACAUCACUUGCAGAGAAAAUCAUAAAGUAUUAUAUAGAGGCCAGGGGAGGAGAUCAAUUAAUGUUAAUUGAUUAAUUAUGGGUAGCAUUUGCUCCCAAGCCUCUAUAGUUCAUUUCCUUCAGUUAGUGACCUGUUACAUUAUUUUCUAAUCCUUUUCUGUUUCCCUCUUGGGCUUCAUACUAGCACUUUCAGCAGUGAAUUUUUUUUCUUAGUUAGUUGAAGAACUUGCACAUAUUUAGUUCUGCUCUUCUUUUAAAAUAUUCAAUUGUUUUUGGGUUUUUUUGAAGCCACAAGAGGUAUGCUUGGUUUAUAUAUAAAAACAGAACAAUUGGGUACAUGUGACCCAGGAGAGUAUAAUAGUCUUUUUAAGAGCAAUUUAAUUCGUCAUCCACUUUCAAAAUAUGUCCUCCCCUCCCCCUCCCCCAUUUAUGUCCAAAACAAUCAAUUAGCAUGCACUUUAGAAUGACUUGCUCAAUGAAGACGGGGAGUUGGGCUCCCUGUGGGUUUAUAGGGAGUGAAAAUUGAUUCCACCUCCAGUGUGAAUUAUUGUAGACACUGAUUUUCUCAUAGGUUGAUAUAUGAGAGCUACCAAUCAAUUAUAAAACUGGCUUAUUAUACUGAUAAAAUGUGUUUGUUGGUGCCAGCAGUAGUUUGGAUUUUCUACAUGGGUAAGUCCCCUUGUGUGACAUAGUAACACCAAUGUCAGUCUUGGAUAAGAGAAGGGAGACAGAAAUGUAGUUUAUGGAACUUGGCAGGGUGUGUGUAGAAUGAGGUAUACACAAUCAUGUAUUAGCUACGCAAAUAGCAUUAUUUGGCCUAAGAGUAUUCAUUUGCUUCUGAUUGUGCUAGCCAUGUAAUUGUGAAAGUGUUAGCACUUCUGUGUACAACAUUCCACCUGUUCAUUUCCUGGGCCGAAAGUGAGCCUGGAACAAAUGAAACAAUGCUAAAUAGUAUAGUUGAGCAGAUGUAGAGUGCCUUUACUGCUGGCUUAGUACAGCCUGCUGCCUACCAUAAGAGAAGGAGCUUCUGGGAAUGAGUAUACAAAUAUGGGGGAACAUGGUGUUAGUACAGCCUGCUGCCUACCAUAAGAGAAGGAGCUUCUGGGAAUGAGUAUACAAAUAUGGGGGAACAUGGUGUUCAUGGUCCCUUAGAAAUCAAGGAAUUGAGUGGCAGCAGCAAGACCUCCACUACCCUAUUUACUACUGCUUCACCUUUUCUAGCUGCUUAAUAAUUGUGAGAAAAAUAUCUGCUUAGUGUAAUUUGUAUCUAGUAUGAGUAAAACUUAAUUGUUUAGAGCGCUUCUAAAUACUAUAGUGAAUUUAAUUUCGGUGUGAGAAAAGAAUGCCAUAUAAUUGCUAAGUUUAGCUUAAUUUUUUUUAAAGUCAUCUUUUUGUCACUUGCAGCUUCCUAGAAGAACGCAUUCUGGAGACUCAGUUUAAAGUUGGAAUGCUGUAUUAUUUUCUGGGAGAGCUGCCAGCCUAGUUUCUCAAAAAGCAUCCUUAGGCACCUGGUUGGGUUAAAAACGUUAAAGUCUUCUCAAGGGAACCUAGUACUGUAAGAGACAUUAAUUUCUGGAAGAAAGUAAUUUGAGGGACAAUAUGAAAAAUGGUAGUGGACCUUUUGUUUGAUUAAGAGUCAUGUUCUUAGUUUAUGUUUUUGAAUUGGGAAGAAGAGGGAAAAACCAAGGUGCCUAGUUUUUAGCUACUGCGGUCAUAGCACAGUGAUGCAGCUUAACUGUUUCUGGCAAAGUUGUAACCAGGCUUAUUGCUUAGCUGUUGUCUGGCAUCCAUACAGUGUAGAUACAAGAAGAGGGAAAGGGAGUCCCAUGCCUGCAGACCUGACUACCACCUGCAGGCCAGUAGAUACUGCAACACUGUACUUGGUGUUCUGUACGAUCUCGACUCACAAAAGCAUUUGGUUGGUCUUUCAGCUGAUGGAUGUUUAGACUUCACCUCUGCAUUGCAUAACAUAUUUUAUAACUCAAACAUAUAUUGCUUAGUACUUCUGAUAUAUUGCAGUUAUUGAAGAUUCCAGUUACUUAUAUAGCAGCAAAAACAUGUAUGCUUCCCCCAUCUUGUACUUCAUUGAACUGCUUUUCUUCUAGUCAUGGUGGUUCAGGAGCCAGCGGCUGCAUGGCACCUCCAUCUUCUGAUUGCUUAUGACUCUUAGCUUUGCUGCUGGUAACUUAUGUGCACUUUAUAUUAUCGCUUGUAAAAGUUUGUCUUAAUAAAGGUGUAGUGAUAGCUAAAUAAA